AUGUCGACCUCUGCGACUGGCAAGUCAACGGUUCCAUUAAUCACAAUAUACGCCGUUCCUGUCGACUCAUCAACUCCAGUGGCAGCAACUACUAGUUCCACUCCUCGACCGACCGCUCAAACAUUCAGCGUACCGACGACUCUCCUUACCGCCAGCAAUGACGGAUCAACGCCAACAUUCACAUAUAGAAUACCGGGAACGACCUCUGCUGCUGGAGACUCACCAUCAUCACAAGGCGGGCAGAUUUCCGUUGGUGCUAAAGUCGGCAUUGGAGUUGGCUGCGGUCUUCUCUUCGUUAGCCUUGUCCUUGGAUUAUUCCUGUUCUACAGACGGCGGAAACAGAAGAUAUUGGCCCAGAAUCCAAAUGACCCUCGAUUACAUCGUGACUUUUCGCCAGCACCCACCCAUACGACAUAUGAAAAAGGAGGACUAGAUUCCAGAGCGGAUUUUCGGGCAGAGGCAUUACACAAUUACAGCAUCGCAAGUCGUCUCGAUAGCAGUCGUAGUGGCACGCCGGCGAGCGGGAUGACAAGUAAAAUGGAAAGUCGGAGCAACAGUCGAUUGGAUCAUAAUGGCAACAGGAACGAAAGUCGGCAAACCAACCGCUCGGGGAGUCCGCUUCAUCGCCGUAUGCCCAGUAACAAUAGUCUGUAUCAAGGUAGAAUUACUCCUAGUUCCAACAAGUACAUCGCUGAACUCGCCACACCAAUUACGCCUUCGGACGGCUACUACAGCCCCUCUACAAUUCAUGAGCUUGAUUCUGAGAAAGGGGACAUUGAGAUCCAAAACCAACCCCGCGAUGAUGAAUCUAUUACCGACGAAACGGAAGAACCAAUUGUUUAUGAGAUUGUAGAGCUACCAGACACGUCAAGAAGAAGCGUCAAGGAUUGGAACAGGAGGACGGCAUCAAUGGGCUCCACCGCAUCACGGCCUACAAUAAGAGAUGUUAAAGAUCAUCGCAGUAUUCCUGUCCCACCGGUACCAGAAGACCAGGAGGUUCAAACGUCAUGGCUAGCUACUGCAUCGAAUCCGACGACACCAAUCAAGGCAAAAUUCGCAUCAUGA